AUGUACUCAUCUUCAGAUCCAACCAACUCGGUUGCAUAUUACAAUGGCCGAGUUUACACGGUCAAUCCAACCCAGCCAUGGGCCGAAGCCUUCAUUGUUUCGGCAAUGGGAAUUAUUGAGAUGAUCGGUCCUGAACAUGAAAUCCUCGCAAUCGCUACAACUAGAAACUUAAUCCGAUAUGACCUCGGGAAACAUUUUGUGAUGCCGGGGAUUCACGAUGCCCAUACGCACUUAUUAAUUGCCAGCAUGCAGGCAUUAAACGAAUCAUCAAUUGGGUUUGAUUGCGGUCCGAACGAUAUUGGCGACCGACUUAAACAGGGAGCCUGUGCUUGUACCUAUCAUAACGUUGCCGGUGACUGGGUUGUGGGCAAUUUUUACCAGGGUAGCUUUUUCCCCGACGGGAUCCCGGAUCGCAAAUAUCUCGAUUUCAAGUAUCCUAACACCCCCGUGUUGAUUCGUGAGGUAUCUUGCCAUCGAAUCUUACUCAAUACAACCGGCUUGGACAGGGCCGGUAUUGAUCCAUUUCAUGCGAUUGAUCCCCCGGGUGGCUUUUACGUCCGCCGAGCUGAUGGAACACUGACGGGGGAAGUGGCGGAGAACGCCAUGAGCCAGGUCUUUUCCAAAUUGCCAAUUCCACCACUAUCACAUGCGAAGAGAGCAUUGCAAUUCGGGGUGGGGAUGUGUCACCGUUAUGGAAUUACGUCUUGCCAGGAAGCGUCGGCCAAUUCAUUGUAUCUCCACGCUCUCAAGGAGUUGGAAGAGGAGAAUCGGCUCGAUCUGGAUGUAUACACACACAUUGUUUGUGCACCGGAAACCUUUGCCAUGGAGACCAGUGAGAGUUUAGCGGCUUUAUUAGACGUGGCCGAUGAGUUCCGCAGUAAGCAUGUGCAUACCAAUUUUGUCAAGUUUUGGCUAGAUGGAGCACCUUUACCACCGGGAUUCACUCAGUGCGACCUGGAUGCGCAUGGCCGCCCCGAGACCAAAAACAUGGUUAUUGGUUGGGAUUUUCUUCACGAUGCAAUCAAGAAAUACGAUGCACGCGGCAUGACCUGUAAACUCCAUGUUGCAGGCGAGGGCUCAACUCGGGGGGCGCUAGAGGUUUUGGAAAAGAUCCGGGCAGGAAACCCUAGCGGUCCGCGGCACGAGUUAGCACAUUGCAGUGCUGUCCAUCUAGAUGAUAUUCCUCGAUUCGCCGAAAAUCGCAUAACCGCUGAAAUGUCUCCGGCUAUCUUUCAUGAACCAGUCGUCAACAAGAUUCCUCACCUCCUGAGAUGGCCAUUCAACCAAAUUUUGGAAAGUGGCGCCCACAUGACAAUCGGGUCGGACUGGCUACUCCCGGCUAAUCCAAGUCUCUUCGAUGCGCUGGCUGCGAUCGUAGAGACGGUGAAGUUCCACCCCGGCGGAAAGAAUAGUACAUCUAUAUUGCAAGGAAAGAAUGGAAAAGAGCAAGGAGGUGAGAUCCUGUGUCGAGUCAUCACCCUCAGUGGUGCAGAGGCUGUGGGCGCCCAAGACCGGGUAGGAAGCCUCGAAGUUGGCAAGACCGCAAACUUCAUUGCCGUCGAUCGUGACCUCAGCAAGGGAGAGUUUUCCGGUGCUAAGGUUCUAAAGACCUGGUUUGAAGGGCGGAUG